AUCCUUUUGACACAUCGAGAGGCAAGUUUAAAACUGCAAGCCAUGGAACCAAGGACCGAAAGGGUCGCCAUUGGCGUCGGAGCGAUCCACAAUCCAGCGAGAGCGCAAUACAGCGAGGAAACGCGAGAUUUAAUCAAGAUUCUUAUGGAGGAGGCUAGACUCACUAUGAUGCAGAGGAAAUCUAUACAAGACGCUGUCGACAGAGGUGAAUCACUGCCCCCACCUUCUUCGGCUACGAAAACCGCAAAAACGAAGAACGAAAAAUUUGCCGAAGCUCAGGUCAUGUUUCCAUGCGUAUGGAAGAAACGAUCGCAGGAUAUAAUUACAAAAAGCGGUGCCUACGAAAGGGAACAGUUUAGACGGACGGCGCCAUUGCUUAACAAAGAGAAACAAAAACGUCAUCUCGCAUGCAUGAUGGCAUUUGGUAAAGACAUGCCGCCCACUCCACACGGUCCAAAACUACUUCACAGAGGUCGAAAAACAAUGCGUAAAAUACCAGAUGACGUCGAUCCGUUGAACGAAAUUGUCAAAUCGAUCGAGGAAAGAAUCGAGUUCGUUCGCGAAAUGGAAAGCUUGGGUCAGGGUAAAAAGUAUCGCCCUAUAAUACAGCAGGAAAUAGCUCAGAAAUUGAGACUAUUAGAAACGAUCGAUAAGCAGAGAUCAGCCGAUGUUAAAAAAAUCAUACAAAGAUUCGAGGGAGAUAGAUCGUCACCAAAACCUCCCUUUCCUCUCGGCGAGUUGGACUGCUGAUAAUUAAUUCGCUCUCUCAUAAUUCAUGAUAAA